UCAUUACUGUGUAAGUCUUUAAACAGUUUGAACGGUAGUAAUAAUGCUGAAAUUAUUUAUUUUGUUAUUUGUUAGUGUGUGUGGUGUUUACGGGUAUUUUACUUUGCCGGGAAAAUGCCCUGAAAAUGUACAGCUUCAGGAGGAGUUUCGACCUGCUGAUUUCUUCAACAAAUGGUACCAAGCCUACCACUACUCAAGCGACGGGCAGAACCAAAACAACUGCUCCGUCUUAGAACUACAGACCAGAGCCACUGGCAUCUACCUGAACCAGUCCAGGGUCGACCGAGGUCUCUUCCAUCGGUACAGCAUUGCCAAGGUUGGGAUACCUUCUAGCAUUGAAGAUGGGGCUAGACUGGAUGUUACGUUCAGUUUUGAUGAUGCACCUAGGAGAUUGAUGAAUAGGAGGUAUCCCUUCCAUGUGCUGGCUACGAACUACAACUACUAUGCGACGGUGUAUACCUGCAACUACAGCCCACUUAUUGACAAGCAUUUCAUUUACGUAUGGAUCCUCUCAAGAAACGAAGUUCUGAAUGACGUGUCUAAGGAGCUCGCCAUCAGAUCACUGUCUCGCAUCGGAGUGGAUCCCAAGAAGCUGGUGAAAGACGACUGGUCCCGAUGCUCGCCGAAGUAUUACGAAGAUAGGCAGGCUGAACCGCUGACUUUUAGGACCCCUGUUUUAGUACGCUAUUGAGAUUAUUAAAUGUUAUUGCUAAAA